AUUAUGGACGGCGACUGGUACUUUUUGUUCGCGGGGACGGCGACUGGUACUUUUUGUCGCUGCGGAGACGGGGAGUCUUCCGACUCUUCCCCAACGGGAAUUCCUCAUUCACAUCCCUACGCACGAACGGAAACGCCCCAUGCUGCGCUCGCAGUCUCGCAUGGACUCCACCACUGCUGCUGCUACCGCGGCCGCGGCUGCGGCGCCGGCGCCGGUGCUGCUGGUGACGAACGACGACGGAAUCGACGCGCCGGGGCUCCGCUUCCUUGUCGACCGUCUCGUCGCCGCAGGGCGAUACCGCGUACUCGUCUGCGCGCCCGACACAGACAAAUCGGGUGUGAGCCACUGCAUCACAUGGCGCCCUGCACUCCGCUGUAAACGUGUUGAUAUAAUAGGUGCUACAGCAUUUGGAGUUUCAGGAACUCCUGCUGACUGUGCUUCUUUAGGCAUCUCUGGAAAACUAUUUGAUGGUUUGGUUCCUGAUCUGGUACUUAGUGGAAUCAACAUUGGAAAUAAUUGUGGGUACCAUGUGCCAACAUUCUGCAUCAUGCAACAUAUCAGGAUUGAUCUUAAAUACCAAAAGUACUGCAUCGUUCGCGAAAAGCAUGCACGAAUGGAUAUCCUGUUGUAUGUCUCUAGUGACCUCAUUCACCACCAAGGCAAAAAGCAUUUAUUCUGGAACAGUUGCUGGUGCUAGGGAGGCAUUCUUAUAUGGGAUUCCUGCAAUAGCUAUGUCAUAUGAUUGGGUUGCGGGUCGGAGCAGUGUUAAUGACCUCAAGGUGUCUGCAGAGGUCUGCAUGCCUCUGAUAAAUGCUAUCGUGACUGAGAUCAAGAAUGGGACUUACCCUCAAGGAUCAUUCUUGAAUGUAGAUGUACCUACAGAUGCUGCACACCCCAAGGGCUACAAAAUUACAAAACAAGGAACAUAUAUGGCCAGAAUUAGUUGGGAGCAGACGGUUUACAAGAAGCCUGCAGUAGAAAGUUACCAGACAGCAAACAUGGAUGUUGAUGGUGAAAAGGAUAGCGAACUAGUUACUUCAGAAAAUGACCUACUGUUUAAGAGAGUGAUUGUAGGGAGAAGUUCCAAUGGAGUGGAAGGAGAGGAAACGGACCACAAUUCCCUAGUUGAUGGAUAUAUCACUGUUACUCCUUUGGGUGCUCUUUCCCGCACAGAACCAGACGCCAUACCGUAUUUCAAAGCUUGUGUCUCACGUCUGGUUGAUAAUUUCUCUUCUCCUGGCUCUUCUUUUUCUAGAAGCAGAGGAUGAGCCAUGAAAUUUCUAAAGCUGUUUAUUUAUGGCCAUGAUCAAGUUCCAUAUUGCUUUUUCCUAACCCAUACAUGGUUACCAUACAUGGGCAAUAUUGCCAUUCAUGCUACCUGAAUGUUAUUACUGCAAUCAGCAUGUGUAUUCUGCUUCAUAGCCUAUGUCAGAAUUAUGCAUUCACAAAUGGUUGCCCGCUUCUUUACCA